AUGAGGGUUGGCAGUGCUGGUCAGAGACUAGGAUUCUUGGAGGAUUUAGAAGUGGAACAGUUGAGAGACUCACAUGUUGAAUGGGUGGUCCAUAUUGGUGCUACUCUCACCAAGAAUCAUGACACAGGGGUAGGAACGGAGAAGAAAAUUGUGAGGCAGCCAAGGUACUACAGUGCAACCAUUCUGCAGAUGUCGGGUGUUGAAGAUGAUAGACUCGCGAUAUGGCUGGCUUCAGUUACAGCCUUCACAAAUUUCAUUUUCACACUCGUGGGAGUCUGGCUCGUUGAGAAAGUGGGCCGCAGAAAACUUACCUUCGGUAGCUUAGCAGGUACCACCAUAGCACUCAUUAUUCUUGCUUUGGGAUUUCUGCUGUCAGCCCAGGUUUCCCCACGUAUCACUUUUAAACCAGUAGCCCCAUCAGGUCAAAACGCUACCUGCACAAGAUACAGUUACUGUAAUGAAUGUAUGUUGGAUCCAGAAUGCGGUUUCUGCUACAAGAUGAACAAAUCAACCAUCAUCGACUCCUCCUGUGUUCCAGUUAAUAAAGCAUCUACAAAUGAGGCAGCCUGGGGCAGGUGUGAAAAUGAAACCAAAUUCAAAGCAGAAGAAGUAUUUUGGGCAUACAAUUUCUGCCCCACUCCAUACUCCUGGACUGCACUCCUGGGCCUUAUUUUAUAUCUCGUUUUCUUCGCACCUGGAAUGGGACCAAUGCCUUGGACUGUGAAUUCUGAAAUAUAUCCUCUUUGGGCAAGAAGUACAGGAAAUGCAUGUUCGUCUGGAAUAAACUGGAUUUUCAAUGUUCUGGUUUCGUUGACGUUUCUACACACAGCAGAGUAUCUGACAUACUAUGGAGCCUUCUUCCUCUAUGCUGGAUUCGCUGCUGUGGGGCUGCUUUUCAUCUAUGGCUGUCUUCCUGAGACCAAAGGGAAGAAAUUAGAGGAGAUUGAGUCACUCUUUGACAACAGGCUCUGUACAUGUGGGGCUUCAGAUUCUGAUGAAGGGCGAUACAUUGAAUAUAUACGGGUGAAGGGAAGCAACUAUCAUCUUUCUGACAACGAUGCUUCUGAUGUGGAAUAAUUUUCAACUGCUGAUACAUUUUAGUUAUUUAAACAAACUUGGGGGGGAAAGAUCAGCAAUUGGUAACCUCACUGCCCUGCUUCCAAUCUGGUUCUUCCCACAGUCUGGUUUUGAAUGACUUCAUAUUCCAGAAUAUUUGAUUAGGAGGAAGAUAACCAAGGUGACAUUUUUUUUCAUAAGCGGAAAUGUAAAAAAAAACCCAAUAUUUACAGAGAUUUUAAAUAAUUAUUGAACAAAUGUGUGUAAUUCCUUCCUGAGAUAGUCUAAAAUGAAUAUUGUAUCCAGUGACUUCAGUGGUAUCUUUUUUUCCUAAGACCAUAUAUAAUUAUUAGUGGCAAGUGAGUCAGUGUUAACCUAGCAGAAUCAGAUAUGAAUGAUAUACUUAUAAGGAGGAUUCUGGGAUAUGGUCCAAGGGUGUUUUCUGUCAAAACAUGGUCUGUGGGCCCUAAUUUUUCUAAGGACAAGUAUCUUACCUGUGAUCUUACCUGCUAUUAGAAAUUAAAUUCCAUUAAACUUUCAUCAACAAAUUCAAAGUGCCUCAUACAAGGGCACAGCUGUCCUUAUCUGCUUUGGAUUCCACAUUUUGGUUUCUCUCUCCAAUUCAGAUCUUGAGAGCUCUUCAGAAACUGACUGCACAGGAUCUUUUGAACACUAUGAAAAGCAGGUCUUUUAAGGUAUAUUUUCAUACAUAUUUUUUGCAUCAGUGAUAAGUGUACAUUUGCACAGAUAAGCUAGCAAGUUUUGAUAAGUAUAUUUUAUUGCUAGAGAGAAAGAAAAGAUUUUUAUGGAUCCUUAAUUAAGUUAGUCACUUAGGUAUGCAACUAUAAAUACAGAUAGCACUAGAUCUUCAACUGCAUUUCAGGGUCAGUUUUUGUUCGUGCCCAAAUCACCUGAUAUUCACCAUGCCUUUGCUCAUCAACUCGAGUCCUACUAUUUGUGCCUUCAUUUGUGUUAUAGAAAUAGCUGCUAGCGGACUAUUUUCCCCUUCUUUUAUUCAAAUAACUUCUGGAACAAAGAAGAAAGGAGGGAAGAAUAUCAGUGACAAAUAAUCCUGCUGUUAUUGAUGUUUAAUUAAAUAGUGGGACUUAUUUUUAACUUAUUUUAACUUUUUAUUAACCGUAAGGGAACUGUCACAUUUUACUUAAUAGUACUUGUCCUUUUUUUACUCUGAGAGCAUCAACUGGUUUUUAUUUUGCACACCCUUUCUCAUUUUCUCUGACAAUUUACCUCCACACCCUCACCCCCAAUAUAUACAUAGAUUUGUCUGUGGCUGUUUCCUUUUUCUCACUCUUGUCUUGGAUUUUUUUUUUUCCUUCUUGUCUAAAAAUUGGGAUUUUCUAUUGGAACAGAUUAAUGGUUCUUGCAUAGCACAUGUCUUUAACAAAUGUUGACUUACUACAUUUAUACAAUAUCUUUUCAAAGUGUUCAUUGGUUUUUAUGGUCAUUCAUCAAUGAACUCUAAUUUUUGCUCUUAUAUUAAGACUUAACUAUAUAGUAUGUACAAAAUUCCUUCCUCACAAAAUUACUUGCUAGUUCCAAUGAUAAUAUGAAUGACUCUUCUGUGGCCAGUUAGGAAUGCAUGAGUUUGAAGAAUUUUAACAUGGCUUUAAACAUCUAAUAAGGCACUAUUUGGAGUGAAGAGGUGGCUAAAUUUGAUGUCUCCAAAAUGUUUUUUUCCUCUCUUAAGUGUGGCUUGUUCCUAUCUAAUGUCAAAGCUGAGAAUGUAGCCAAAGAGGCUCAUUCUCUAAGCCACCAAGCAUAUGACAUGUGCAGUAAAAGUCUCUUUAUUGGCCUAAAAAAUUUUCUCCCUUUGAUCAUUGAAUAUAAUAAAGUUAUUUUAGAGAGUUGUUUUCCUUAGGUGCUUUGACAAUUGAGUUCUAAGGGGUUAUUAAUAUUAAUUUGCCUCAUAAAAGCAGAUGUGAUUUUAUAGAGAAAAUUAUUAUUCUAUUGAUAUUUUGUAUCCCAUAAAAACGUUCUUAUCUGUGUAACAUUUCACAUGGGUAAAGUGAAGAGGAAAAUGAGAUAUUGUGUGUUAAAAUCAGAAUAUUUUGGUGGAGACAGGUAUUUAGACCAAUAAAGUACUCUCUUUUAAGAAUUUUUCCGAUUUAUCCAAAUAAUUGCCUCAACUCUUCUCUUUAUUAUAUACAUAGCCUUAACUCAGCUGAGCUGAAUGCACAGUAACUUUAUUAAAGGAGCAACUCGACUCUUAUUAUUUUGUAAAGCAGAACAUGGCCUAGUCUCCCUGACAUAAGGAAACGGUGUUUUCAACUUUACAUCCAUAAAUGCACAUAAUAUAGGGAAAAUCAGCCACAGUUCUCCUCCUCUAUUCUCCUCAACCUCCUUCUUUAGGCUAUUGGUUAUUUAUAUACCAAUAAAUAUUCCCUAUCUUUGAAGUACAGAACAGAGAGCCACAGUAUAAGAAUUAUUUAUAAUUUUUUAAAAACAAAUAACUACUUGAAAAGAGACCUUAUACAAUUAGGGUAUUAUUUUUAGAUUUGGUGAACAUUUAUAGUAUAUUAAAAAUUCAAUGUUUGAAUUUUCCAGGUUUUUUUAUAUUAUGCACCUUUUAAGUUCUCAGCAUCUUUGACUACCACUAUCAACUUGAAAACUUUCCAUUUGAAAUAUUAAAUAUGUAUUUUGUAGGACAAUAUAUAUAUGGUUAUGAUUUGACCUACCAUACUAAAAUGCAUUAAGCCUCAUGCUUUUAACUGAUAUUAUAGGUUUGUUUUUAAACAUGCUGCAAAUUCAACAGAGGUACAUUAUGUUUUAGGAAAAUAUGGUGAAGAAAGUUGUAACCCCUAUUGAGGCUUAACUGAUGGCCAAUGAGAUCUACACUGGACUUAAGAGAAUAUAACAUUGCAUCCGAACACUUAGGUCUGACUGUGAUGUCAGAUAGGUUUUAAAGAUUUGGUAUUAAUAGUUUUCUUCACUAUAAACAUUCCUAAUAAUUUUGACUGUUGUACCUUAGUCAAAAAUUACCCAACACAUGAUUUAAAUGUAUAUGUAAAGAUCUAAAUUAAAACUAGAUUUAAAAGGUAAUAUUCCAUUUGAAAUUUUGUUUCCAGUCAUAUUCAGUACUUUUAUGAUGGAAAACGCUUUGCAAGUAAUGCUGUCAAGUGCUUUCUCAUAACUUUUUUACCACUGAACCAGAUUUCAGGAUAUUAAUCUAAAUAUUAUUUUUUUAAGUUAUUCACUCUAACAUGAUAAAUCUGUUAGCAAAGAAUUUAGAAAUUGUUUACUAUAAUUUCAAAAUCAAUUAUUCAGAAGAAGAAUGAACAGGAAAAAUGUAAGUUUGACAACUUACACUUUUUCUUUUUCAUCAGAAAGUAAAAUUGAAGUGCAUUAUAAUCACCUGGGGGAAGAUAUUCUAGAAAAUACUAUCCAUAUGUUAUCUAAGGAAAAUCUCACAAAUUAAUUACAUUAAUAGUUUAUAAAUACAGUAAUAUGAUGAGGGGACUGGAGGGAUUGUUUUAUUUCAUUGGCACACUAAUUAAGAACAAUAAAAUUAAUGAGAUAUUGUUAUAAUCAACUUUUCUUUACUAUUCUCCUACUUUAUAAAAUCUCAAAUUAUACUAAGCACCCAAAACUGACAUUUAUACAAUUGUUGUGACGUUUUCAAUUACCAAAUUCAGACCUUUUCACUAACAACGAAUAAAAGACUGACAUACCAGGCGAGGAACACAGAAUUCAUAAUAUGUGCUUUAUAGCAAAAUGUGUUAAAUUGUGUAUAAAAUUUACAGCUCAUGUGUAAAUGCUGCCUAUAAAAAGACUCAGAAUUGUUCUCUGGAUUAACUUUAACGUCCUAUUUUCUGUCACUUUCUAUCAAUUUUCUUAGCCUCAUGUAAUGUUACACUAAUGAAGUGGUUCAGGUUGUAGCAGCCUAUCAAUUGUUAGUACAUUCAGUUCUGGGGAGCAAUAUUACUAUUUCCUAGAAAUAGUGAUCAUCUAAAAAUGCCAAACAGCUAACUGCUACCAACUCUUGUAUACUGUCUCUUAGAGGAGGAAAUUUUUGUGUGUCAAUAGUCAUCAGAGAAAUAUUUUCUAAGAGUGUUAAUGAGAGAAUCGUAUCCUUAUAAUUUGCUUAUGAGUGUAAAACAAUAUAAUUCCUAUAAAUCUUUACUUUGUAUGUAUAAAACAGUGUUUUACUUCAGUGAUUUGGUCUACAGAAUGUUAAAUACCUACUACCUUCAUUUAGCAGUAACAUUCAGAUUUUUAUUUUAGACAGUUAAGUUCAUGUGUUUGAUUUUGCCAUAGCAAUAUAAAUGAGAAAAAGAAAUGCAGCUUAUAAGUACUUGAAGGUAAAAACCAGUAUUUUGUAAAAUUUUAGCAAAUUUUAAUAAUAUUCAAGCAUCAUUCCAUCUCAUUUGAAGGUUAAAAAAGAUGAGACUUAACUCUAGCCAAAGUAGAAAAUUAUAUUCUACAUGUCCAAAUGGUUCCUAGCAGCUUUUGGACUAUAUCUCACUUAAUAUUAUAGUAUCUUUUAUUUAUAAUAAAUGUUCAAAUUUCUAUUUAGAAGUUCUAAUGUAUACCUAGAUUAAAUCAAAACAGUUUUAUGCUUUUAAAAUGUUUUCAAAAUAUAUAUUUUAAUUUUUGAGUGCAUGUUAUACAAUGUUUAAUAUUCACGUCUUGGCAAA